AUGUGCCACACCAGCGGCUCCACUGGCUGCCAGCCGGCCUGCCGUGUGCCCAGCUCCUGCCAGGCGUCCUGCUACGUGCCCAGCUCCUGCCAGGCGUCCUGCUACGUGCCCAGCUCCUGCCAGACGUCUUGCCGCGUGCCCGUGAGCUGCAAGCCUGUUGUGUACCUGCCUGUGAGCUGCAAGCCCAUUGUGUGUGUGACCCCCUCCUGCCAGUCCUCCGGGUGCUGCCGGCCCUCCUGCCCCACCCUGGUCCUCAGGCCUGUUCCCUGCGGCACCCCUAACUGUGGCUAG